AUGUUUGUUCUUCUACUGGGCGUCUUUACUCUGCUCUGCUCAUCUGAGGGCAAAUUGGUGUUCUCAAGAACAGAAGCAACUUCAAUAGCAUGCUAUAAUUGUGAAAGAUUUCAUCUUGGAUUUUGCUAUGAUGGAAUGAAGACCUGCUACCUGAAAUACCAACAGCGUUGUGCCAUUGAGAACAUUUACGUACUUACACCAAAAGGGGAGACGAAGUAUUUUUAUUCAAAGCUGUCAUGCAUGUACAACUGUGAUGACAUCAACUUCUUGGAUUAUGAAAAGAAAACAGAGCUAAUCUGUUGCAAACACAGUAACUAUUGCAACAUCCCCACUGGGAACUAG